ACUCAGACCAGUGUAUGCAUGGUGAGGCUAGACAGCGCUGGCAGAACUGCAAGAGAAGAGAAUUAAAAUCACUUAUUCCUGGCUUAUCGCUUUCCCAGCAAGACAGAUACCUGACAAAGUUGGAUGUCGUUAUUAAGGUGUAUCACUGAUCUAGCCAUGGAGACCAAAAGAUACCAAGGAUUCUUUGAAGGAGCCGACAGCGCAAACAGAUGGGAUCGGAGGUCUAAUGCAGCUGAGUACUGCUGCGCCAUGCAGGAGGAGAACGGGACCAGUGGUGCUUUACUUAUGGAUGUGGUGAACAUCAGUCCUGCUCCCAGCUCACUAGCAGCUGGCUACAUGGAGAACGAGGAGGAAAAGAGGGACCUGUCCUCUCUCUGUCUGGAUCAGCAGCACUGUGCUUUCCCACAGUCAGACAGCACGUCCAGCAGUGUGAAGCUGGAGAUGGAUGCUAAAGAACUUUCCAGGACUGUAGCAGACUCUAUGGGCUUGUAUAUGGAUGUGGCAAGGGAGCUAGACUAUGGCUUUAGCCAGCAGGGUCUGCAGGGGGGUGGGGUCGAUGGUGCAGGGAAGCUGUUUUCCAGCAACCGUCAAAGCCCAGCAGGAUGCCAGGGGAGCCCAAAGCUGAAAGCCACAGAUUUGUUAUGUUCCACAUCCUACCCCUCUGCAUCGCAUCCCUGUAGCAUGCUGACUGUAGUUGACUGUUCCUCCGACGAGGCUUUGGCCUCAACUCUCGGUGGUAGCCCACAAACCUUUAACAGUUCCAUUUCUAGUCCUACCAAUAACAGCUUAGUGUCUUCAAAUGCUAGCUGUACUACUUCAGCAAAUUCUGCCUCGGCUCUCAGUAGUCCCGUACACCAAGCCUCGUCAACACCCAGUCUUGCCCUCAUUAAUCGGCAGAGAAUUUCCACAUCUGGCAGCCCUGCUAGUACGAUAAAUAUGGGAUCCCCCCUUGGAAGUCCUGCUAGUCUAAUGAGGUCGCCUCUUUCCAGUCCGCAAAGCAUGAGAUCUUCUGUUUCGAGCCCUAUUGGUGGCAGUAGCAAUAUGCAGACCUCGAUCUCGAGUCCGAAAAGCAUCGGUACCGCAGCUGUCUCAAGCCCUCCCAUCUCUGCAGGGUUCUCCAUUGCGGGCUCUGCCAGCGGGUGCCCUCUAAUACGGACUGACAUUCACAGCCCGGGAAGGACAGACCAAGACUUCAAAGGUUUUGAUUUCCCAAAAGUGGAACCGGUUGAUGGAGAACAAUACAGUGUUGCCCUGGAUCAGCUAGGUAUGGUGAAGUAUAUAAAGAAUGAGCCGAACACUGACUCAAGGGCAAUGUGUCAGAGGGGCAACACAAUAAACAUGGCUAGCCCGCCUUUUCCCAUGCAAAUAAAGACUGAACUGAACAGAGACGCCCCUGUGACCCCUAACUACAAUGGGCAUCAGCAUUCUUCAGGUGGUUUCCCGGCCUCAGAUACCACUUAUUUGUCGUUGAGGGAUAAUAUUGAUGCAUAUAGCCUUUCUGGAAUAUUAGGACCACCUGUUCCCUCGCUCAACAGCGACUAUGAAGCUGAAGUGUUUUCUAACGACAUGUUGCCCAAGGGAAUUAAACAGGAGUCUAAGGACGACAGCUACCUCCCGGGGAAUAGCGACUCACAGACGUCGGCCGUCGUUGGUGUUAAUUCAGGUGGACAUUCAUUUCAUUACCAGAUCGGAGCGCAAGGAACAAUGUCGUUUCCUGGACACGACGCGGGGGAUCAGACAAGUCCCCUGCUGAAUCUCAUUUCCCCUGUUGCCGCGUUGAUGGAGAGCUGGAAAUCUCGUUCCAUCAUGGCCCAGGACUCACUGUCGUCCCGAGGAGAGAUUUUCCUGGGGCAGCAGUGCAUCACAGACGUGUCGAGCCCCCUGAGAACUUCAUCGUCCGGCACUACGGCCAAAGUGUGCCUGGUCUGCGGGGAUGAGGCCUCCGGCUGCCAUUAUGGGGUCAUCACCUGUGGCAGCUGCAAGGUCUUCUUCAAGAGAGCCGUCGAGGGUCAGCACAAUUACCUAUGUGCCGGGCGAAACGACUGCAUCAUCGACAAGAUCCGGCGCAAGAACUGCCCGGCAUGCCGCGUCAGAAAGUGUCUGCAGGCAGGAAUGAAUCUGGGAGCAGCCAGGAAGUCCAAGAAGCUGGGGAAGCUGAAAGGGGGCAGUGACCCCCCGUCGCAGGAUCCCAAGGAGGGCCUGGAGCCGGAGACGGAGCUCAGCGGCGCCGCCCUGGUGCCACUCUCACCGGGGGUGACGGCCCACCUGUCGCCCUCCAUCUGCAGCGUGCUAGAGCUCAUCGAGCCGGAGGUGGUGUACGCAGGCUACGACAACACGCAGCCGGACACCACCGACCACCUGCUGUCCAGCCUCAACCAGCUGGCCGGGAAGCAGAUGAUCCGGGUGGUCAAGUGGGCCAAAGUGCUUCCAGGCUUCAGGAGUCUGCCCAUCGAGGAUCAGAUCACACUCAUCCAGUACUCCUGGAUGUGCCUCUCCUCCUUUGCCCUCAGCUGGAGGUCCUACAAACAUACCAACGGACAGAUGCUGUACUUCGCGCCCGAUUUGGUUUUCAACGAGGAGCGCAUGCAGCAGUCAGCCAUGUACGACCUCUGCGUGGGCAUGAGGCAGGUCAGCCAGGAGUUCGUGCGGCUGCAGCUGACCCACGAGGAGUUCCUAGCCAUGAAGGUUCUGCUGCUUCUCAGCACAGUUCCUAAAGAUGGCCUGAAGAACCAGGCGGCUUUCGAGGAGAUGCGGAUGAACUACAUCAAGGAGCUGCGGAGAUCCAUAGCCAAGAGCACGGGGCCCUCGGGCCAGACGUGGCCACGCUUCUACCAGCUCACCAGGCUCCUGGAUGCCAUGCAUGACCUGGUGGGGAAUCUUCUGGACUUCUGCUUCUACACCUUCCGGGAGUCCCAGGCGCUGAAGGUGGAAUUUCCUGAGAUGCUGGUGGAGAUCAUUAGUGACCAGAUACCAAAGGUAGAAUCAGGUCUGACCCACACACUCUACUUUCACAAAAAGUGACUCCGGAGGGAAACCCUGCAGAAGAGGAGGAGCUGCCUUAAAUUAGCCUGAGCCGGUCAGCCCCGUCCGAUGCCACAGAGCCGGGAGCUCGGCCUACCACCGGCUCUGGUCAGCUGGACCAGCCAGGAGGAGAAUAGCGGUGGACGACACUGAAAAGGACUGAACGUCUACCCCCCCCCCCCCCCCAAAGACCACUGCUUGAGUGGAUAUAAAGCCAUUGGUCCCGCCUCUGUAUAACACUCUCAGUCACUGGAACCUUAACUCGCAAGUCCUUUAAUCAUGCCUGGUUGAGGAUGCAGGAUGCCAAUAACUGUAUCUAAUGACAAUUUCAGCAGAGACCGUUUUGUUUUAAAGCAGCCAUCACACACACACACACACACACUUACACCCUAUAGACAUCCCUGAGGAAAUUUAGGACAUCUAUAAGGGCAAAUGCAGGUAUAAAUGUGACGUAAUUUAAGGGCUUAACCAACGAAACCAUGCUGUAAAUUUAAAGAGAUGCGAUUCAGCUUUGAAGAAAGACUAAACACAAGUCAGGCAUUUAAUGCGUACAUAUGACCUCAGCGGCACGGAGCGGAGGAGGAGGAAGAAAAGAGGAUGACGUCACGUUUGAACGGCACAUCCUGAUGACCGUAGGCGAGAGGUGAAAUGGUCACAGGUUGGGGGGCUUUUAUGUGGUUUCUGGCUUCAAAGACAUAUGCGAGUUUCCGUACCGGCCUAAAAGUUCUUUUCAUAUUGAAUUAAUGUGAGUUACCUCACCUCUCCUUUCUAUGUGCGGUGGGCCGACAAUAACAUUCCCCGGAUUUUUUUUAACCCAUCUCCCAGGGUCUAUAGUUAAAACUGGCACUCUGUGCAAACCCCCGAAAUUCCAGGAACCAGAAUACAGAUUUCACAUUCUUAUAAGUAGGCCUAUGUUUUAGUCUGCUCAGAUCGGCGAUAAUUUGUAACAAGGUAAUUGUAGUCAGUACAGCAUUAAAAAUAUAUCUAAACACGUAGGCUGAAAAGAAAUCCUCAUAAUGGACAACAAAAAACUGAAGAUUGGCAGAAACUUAAAUUACACCUGGGACCUGAAAAUGAACUUAUAAAUUGUCCUUCAAAAAUGCCCAACGAAUGAAGAUUUGUACUUGACAAAAGCCUGUAAAUUUCAUCCCCUCCAACCAAACCAAACCGUCAUCAGAGCUUAAAUUAAUACUCCCCGAAGUAGGGUAACAUCUGCAUUAAUGCUAGUAGUCUGUAUCCCAGCUGACGAUAUGAGAGCUGAGAAGCAGCGAUCGGUAAGACUGCAAGGAGUCUUUAAUUUGGGAGGAGAAUCGGGAGAGUCGAUAGUGAUCUGCCUUUUCAGUUGUCAUCCCUCAUAUUGGAACCUCUGUCGCCUGCUUCACACACAAAUUAUCGGGCAUUAGUAUUCUUUAACUUUUCUUAGUUAAAAGAAAAUGUGUGUAUAUAUAUAAUAUCUUCUUACAUUGGACCUGCAAAGAUUUUAUAAUAUGGUCUUGCACUUGACCUGCAAUGGAAGGAGGGCAGAAAACUACACAAGGAUGAUAUUAAUAUGAUAAAAAUGAAGAGCGAGCAUGUAGUUUACCCACCAACGAUUCCUGCUCUCUUUGCUGCCCUAUAUGUUGCUGUUUAUAAAUUGAGGAUUCUGAGAUAAGCUAUAAGGAUGUAUGAUACUAUGUGAUAAUGGGCUGUAGGAAGGACAAGAAAGUAUUUUUUGGAAGAAUUAUAUUUUGUCGGAAAACAUGUAAGUCCAUUUUUUUAAAAUAUAUUUUUUGUAAAGUAAAAUGUUUAUGCAUGCUUACUGAGGAGAUGUUUACAGUGUAUUUACAAAGGAAGCGUGGUGCCUUUAUCUUAUAUGAUUUUCAUCCUGUUGUAAAUAUUUGGAGCCGAUCUGCGGAUGAGUAACACGUUUCUACUUCAGAUUUUUUUUUCUGCGCCUCCUGCUUCUGCAGCGUCCUCGUCGUGUCUGAAGCUCAGCCGGAAAGGAGACGUGAACCUGAAAAUGUGACAAAUAGGUUGCUAAGCUUCUUUUAGGUGCUUGUUUAUAAGUUCACUUAAGCAAUAUGGUGGCUACGGUUUUUCGCUCGUUUACUUGAAUCAAUCUGCUAAAAUGUUCCUCACUUUUCAGUAAUAACUCCAAGCAACUGACCUUUUCCCUCCUUUUUUUGUGACAGACACAUGUUUGUUAGUUUCAGAGAUCGCCAAACUGAAAUGUUAUUUUACUGAUGUGUCAUUUCUUUACGUUAUUUUUUUACACUCUGCAUUGGUUUUGAAUACGAUUAUUAAAACAGCUUGAGUAGAA